AUGUCCGCUUCCGUCUUUCAGUAUCUUGCUAACACGGGCGACCGUGAUAAGGUGAUGGCCAUCGUGCAGUUCCUCCCCAUGACCCUCGCUGGCCCCGCCAACGACGCCGGUUGCACCUCUCUGAGCAAAUCUCUGAAGAGCCUCUCGACCAUGGCGGACGGCUACCGUGCCAUCACGCGUCUCGCUCUUCUCUUCAACGCUCUGUCGAAGCCAACGCUGGAGGCGCUCUCCAAGCCUAAGGGUGACAUACUCCUCGACCGCUUGGACCAGCUGAGCCACUUCUUUCACGUGUGCUUCUGCUUUUUUGAGAACACGGCAGUGUUGUCGAGCCACAACGUGUACCCGAGCCGUUUGGGCCGCCUUGGUGGCUGUGCCGUGACCUGCUGGUUUUACACGCUGCUGCUCGGCUUGAUGCGCCAGGCGUACGUGAUGACCCAGAAGAAGAACACGCCGGAGGAGCAUAAGCGCCAGAUGAUCACCACGGUGAAGCUAGGCUGCUUCUUGGUCUUCUCGCUGACGUGCUUCCCGAAGGGUGGCCCUCAGCUGCUGGAGGAUGUGAGCGGCCCAUUGAUGCCGCUGCACAAGACACUGCAGCUCAUCGCGCCGAAGUGUCUCGAGCUGAAUGAUACUAUCCGCGGUGCGCUCGGGUUUAUCGCGUCCCUGUGCGAUUUCUACUGA